UGACAUAUUUGUCAUUUUAACCUAAUUGUAUUGAGCUAAAUUUUUCGAUUGUGCACAAAAUUAACGCAGUUUUCCAUAUACAAUAAAAUAUGUUAAACAUAUAGCGAUGACAACACAGUAUAAAAGAUUUACCAGGUUAAUAGCAAAGUGGCCUUUAGACACUUCUAAGGGUGAAAGAGACCUCGGUAAACUUAUACGCGAUAAAGUUAAAAUAGCGUUCGAGUCGCCCAACAACCAGGUUUUAGAUUCGGAAGCUUGCACCAGACAAUACAAGUCUUUAAACAAAUUAGCAGAUAAUUACUACAAAAACAAAUACAAGAGAGCAAGGCACAGUUCGGCGACCGGACUUAACUCGGAAGAGUGUAAUCUGGUUUUAUCUAAUGAAGUGCUAGAGUACUUAAAGGAGGAAAAUAAAGGAUUUUUCCAGAAAAUUUUUAAAAAAGAAACACGUCCACAUAAAGAUCACACCCCUGUAAUGCUAGAUGAAGUUAUUAAAUACCUAAAACCAGCAGACAAUGAAGUUUAUAUUGAUAUGACAUUUGGAGCGGGAGGUCACUCCACAAAAAUUUUAAAAUCUGCUAAUUGCAAAUUGAUCACAUUAGACAGAGAUCCCAAUGCAUAUGAAAGAGCCCAAAAACUAGCUGAAAAGUAUCCAAAUAGAGUAGUGCCACUUCUAGGUAAGUUUAGUGAGCUUCCCCAGCUAUUGAAAGAGAAUGGUAUCAAGCAAUCAUCAGUAGAUGGCAUAUUAUUUGAUUUUGGAUGUUCGUCAAUGCAAUUAGAUAACAGAGAAAGAGGAUUCUCUAUUAGCAAAAAUGGACUCUUAGAUAUGAGGAUGGAUGCAGGACGAGAUCCAAAUCAAAUAACUGCCAGAGAGGUACUAGCUACAGCCAAUGAGAAUGAACUAUACAAAAUAUUCAAAAUAUAUGGUGAAGAAAAGAAAGCGGCAAAAAUCGCUCAAACUAUAAUCCAAGCUAGAUACAUGAUCAAAACCAUAGACACAACUCACGAAUUAGUAGAUAUUGUAGACUCCUGCUGUCCUAAUGAAUUCAGAUUGGAUAAGCUCCAACGCCCGCAAUCUAAUGCCACUAAGGUCUUCCAAGCUUUACGAAUAUUUGUGAAUAAUGAGCUCAAUGAGCUGAACUAUGGCAUGGUACUAGCUAAGUAUUAUUUGAAACUGAAUGGGCGACUUAUAACCAUCUGCUUUCAUUCCCUCGAAGACACAAUUGUCAAGCGGCAUAUAGCGGGUAAUACUAUUAACGAAACAGCUAACCCAGUGCCAUUGCGGUACUUGAACCCCCUGCUUGUUCAGGAUCAAGAGACAAUAAAUAAUUUCCUUGAUACCCCAUGGAAGGCAUUAAAUAAACAUGUAGAUGUUCCAACUGAGGAGGAAGUGGAAAGGAAUCCAAGGAGCAGGAGUGCUAGAUUGAGAGCUGCAAUAAAAAUCAAGUAAUAUAGUGUUUUUUCUUGUAGAUAAUAGCAUAGUAAAUGUUGAAAUAUUG